AUGAACUUCGACCCAGAAAACAACGAACCAAUGUCCGAAACACCUCGAAAGCGCUCAUUGGCACAAAUACUAGUCCAUUAUACUGUCCUGAGUCCGAAAACCACCAUCGGACCCUAUUUUAUCCAGUGUAUUAUCAAUCACUAUAAGCGCGGUCAGGCAGACUGGGCUUCAACUGCAUGGAUACAACUUGGACUCUGGGCUGAACUCAUGAUGUUCCUUUCUAUGGCUUCACUUGCCGAGCAGUACAAAUUGUGGGAAAGGAUCAAGAUGUGCUGGCGCAAAGGAAUUGAAGAUAGGAAUCAAGGUAGUGACCUGAGAGAAAAUGGCGGGGCAGAGGUUUUCGAGCCAUUGUUUGACGAGAAGACAGAAGUCGAAAUGGGCGAUGGAAAAGAGUGUUCCGAGGCAAGAUGA